AUGGCACCCAAGAAGAAGCAUGCGCCCAAGAAGGAGCUGACCGCGGACGAUAUGCGGCGGCUUGGCAUGUCGGAGGACGACAUCGUCCGCAUUUUAGCCGAGCGCGGCAAGUCUGCCGAGGAGCGGCGGCAGGAGCAGGACGCCGCCGAGGCGCGGCGCCGGGAGGCGGAGCAGCGCCACAGGCGCAUGAGGGAGCUGGAGAAGAUGAAGGAGGAGCUUCUGCGGCAGGAGGGCGGCCCCCGCGUCGCCAUCCGCGACGAGGAGCAGGAGGCGUGGGCGGGGCUCGAGGAGGCGCUGACGGCGGAGAAAAAGCGGCGGCUGCGGGAGGCUGCGGAGAAGCUGGUGCAGCAGCGCGUGGCGGAGGCGCGCCGCAGGCGCGAGGCGGCGGCGGCGGCGUACCAAGAGACCCUCCAACACCUCACACCGGAGGAGCGGGAGGCCUUCGUCGCGGCGCAGAUCGCGGCCGAGCACGCCCGCUGCGAGGCGGAGCUGGAGGCGAAGGAGAAGCAGCAGCAGCGGGAGGAGCGCCGCCUCGCGCGGGAGCGGGCGGCACGCAAGGCGCAACGCCAGCGACGACGCCAGGACGGCGAGAACUCGGACAGCGAGGGCUCGGACGAGGAGGAGGCGAAGGCGGCGGCGGCCGGUGGCGGCAGCGCGAAAGCCGCGCGCAAGCGCACGGACGCGUUGAAUGAGCUCUCCGACGCCAUGCAGGCCAAGUACGACUAA